AUGCACAAGUGGGACACGCCUGAGAGGAAGAACGAAGUACACGCCACCGGGGACGCGCCGUCGUCCCCGGCCCAAGCAGAGCUAGCAUCCACGCAAGAUGAUCGCCCUCAGCAGGAGCCCGCGGCGGCCGGCUCCGGCCUCAACCCUUCCGCGGCGGACUUCACGCCUCCAGUGAGCAGCGAGCCCGCCCCAGAAGGCCACGCGGCCCGCGGCGCGCUCUCGGAAGCCCUCCGCGAUGCGCGCUCCAAGGGCCAGCCUCCGCCGGGCGCGCGCGGCGGGCAAGGCCGCGGGCGCGGACGCGGGCGUGGCGACAACAACCCGGACGCUCCGCCGCUGCCGGAAAAGUCCCCUCCCAACCGCCGUGGCUUCGUCAGAGCCGACCACCUCCUCUCCUCUGCGCGCGUGGGCGGGCGCGGACCCCGCGGCGGCGGCGCGGCCCGCGGCGGGCAGGGCAGGCGCGGCGGCGGGCAGGGUGGCGGGAGGGGCGCGGGCUCAGGGCGCGGCGCGCCGCCGCCCCAACCAUUCAGCAGAGAGCUCUUCGUACAAGCGAGCUGCCGCUUCCUGGUGUCGGACUCGGUGCACGUGCCGGCGACGCCGAAGGAGGCCGACCGGAUGAUCGACUGGGGGUCGGUGAUCCAGGUCCGCAUGCGGCUCGACACCCCCCCCCACUGCCCCAUCGACAUGGGACCGCCGCGGUGCCCACAGGUGACGCCGUGCGGGCACAUCUUCUCGUUCGCGUCCAUCAUCCAGCACCUCAUGUCGCACGGCGGCGGCGCGGUCUCCCGCGCGGGCGCAGCGGCGCCAUGCCCGCUGUGUUUUGAGCCGAUCUCCGCAAGAGACCUCCGGGGGUGUGUCUACGCCGUGUCGCCGCGCCCGCGCGUGGGCUGCAACGCCGCCAUGGCGCUCCUGCUCCGCCAGCGCGACGCGCUCGAGCCGCACCUCGCGCCGCAGACGGACCUGCCCCCGUGCGGUCCGGGCGACGCGGCUCCAGACGCUAUUUUCCACCGCACCGUGGUCACGUCGAACCCGUUCGGUGUGUGGACGUCUGAGGCGAGGGAGCUCGGGCGCCAGGCUGCCGAGGUCGCCAAUGGCCCCGAGGUGGACGCGGCGGUCCGCGGGCCCUUCGUGCACCUUGCGCUGGAGUCCCUGCAGCAUCGCGCUGCGACGUGGAUCGAGCGGCGCGCCGCCGUCGCUGUGGGCUUCGACGACGACCCUGCGACGGUCUCCGUGGCGCGCGAGGUCCGCAAGGAGGUCGCCGCGGCGUUCAACGCGGCUGAGAGUGCGCGUGCGCGCGAACUCGCGGCCGAACAGCGGCAGCGGAACGAGGUCGCGAACCCGCUGCCACGGAACGCGGGGGGCGGCAAGGCGCGGCCGCGUGGCACGCUCGUGAAGCUGGAGGCCGGCGGUGCGGUCGUUGCGCCGCCGCCGGCGCCGGCAGCGCCUGUUUCAGUCCCCCGGAGAAACGCCAAUGACCCCUGGGGGCGUAAUGCGGCUGCGUCGGUCGGGUCCGUCGAGGCCGCAGCCGCGGACGCUAGCGAGUCAUCGCGGGCUGCGGACGAAGCCGAACCCGCGGCGACGGCUGCGUGGGCAGUGAGCGUCACCGACGCCGCAUCGGACAGCGAUGACGAGAGCGACGCCGUGCUGCCGCCCCCGGAGCCGAAGGCCGGUCUGCGCUGCGUCCCUGAGGCACUUCCCGGCACCUCGGCUGCGUCGGAGGGCGGGGACGCGGAAGGGGGGGACUUUUACUUCUACCAGGACGCUGGAGGACACUUGUCCUUUCUACACCCCCUCAACGUGCGGAUGCUGCUCGCGCACUUCGGCGGCCCGGACAGGCUGCCCGGGGAGGUGUGUGCGAGGGUCGUUGAGGUGGAGGAGGCCACGGUGACUGACGCCGUCCGUCGCCGCCUGCGCUGGCUGGCACACCUCCCCCUGACAGCGACGUAUUCUCUCGUCGAGCUGGACCUCGCCCCCCUUCUCCCAGAAGACACCAUGGCGACCUUCGCGGAGGAGGUCGGCGCGCGCAGGAAGCGCCGCGACAAGGCGGUCCGCAAGGCCCAAGCCGAAGACAACCGCGCGAAGCAGCGGGCGCACGCCGAGGCGGCGCGGAAGAAGAAGGUGCUCGACGACGACGCCUUGCGUGCCAUGCCGCUGCCGGGACAGUCCCAGGCCGCGGCUGAGGCCGCCGCCGCGGCGCAGGCCGCCGAGGCCGCUGCCAUCGCCGAGCUGCUCGAAUCAGCCCCUCCCCUGUCCUCGAGCGAAGGGGCCGCGGCGCCGUCGCCGCCGGCAGCGGCAGCGGGGACGUCGUUCGCGCGCAUCACGCAGCUGGGCCUUGCGGCGACGGGCGAGCUCCCGGCGCUGUCGAUGGCGGCGGGGCAGGGCAGGUGGGGCGCGGGUUCGAAGGGGGCGGGCGGGGGGGGGUCGCAGGGGGGGAGUGAGGGGGGUAAGAAGAACAAGAAGGGCGCGAAGGUGACCCUGAUGAAGUGGUAG